AUGAUAGAAAUAGAAGAUUUGGAAGAGAAUGACAAUGAAGGAAUAGAGGUUCCCUAUUUUGAUUUUGAGAGUAUACUAGUGGCCACAAAUGACUUCUCAUAUGCAAAUAAACUUGGCAAAGGUGGUUUUGGACCAGUUUACAAGGGUAAAUUUGGUGGUCAAGAAAUUGCGAUAAAGAGACUCUCAAGUGUUUCAUCACAAGGUUCACUGGAAUUCAAGAAUGAGGUUGUUUUGAUAGCUGAUGUGUAUUAUCUGCAAGUGCACGCUAAACUUCAACAUCGUAACCUUGUUAAAUUACGCGGCUGCUCCUGUGUAAAAGGAGAGGAAAAAGUUCUGCUUUAUGAGUAUAUGCGUAACAAGAGCUUGGACUUAUUGAUAUUCGAUUCGACAAAAAGCGUAAUUUUGGAUUGGCCAAUGCGGUUUGAAAUAAUUCUCGGAAUUGCCCGUGGACUGCUCUAUCUUCAUCAAGACUCAAGACUUAGAGUUAUUCACCGAGAUUUGAAAACUAGCAACAUUCUUCUAGAUGAGGAGAUGCAACCAAAAAUCUCAGAUUUUGGAAUAGCAAGAACAUUUGCAGGCAAAGAAACAGAGGCAAGCACAGAGAGGGUUGUUGGUACAUACGGGUACAUGUCUCCUGAGUAUGCGUUGGAUGGAUAUAUUUCAACAAAGUCAGAUGUUUUCAGUUGGCGUUGUCUUGCUUGAGAUCAUCAGUGGAAAAAGGAACACCGGGUUCUAUCGGUCUAAAGAGAUUUCAAGUCUUU